AUGGCGAACGACGGGAAAUCUCCCGCCGAGUUGCCUCCUACCAGACCCUACAAUUCGCCCUCCUUCCGCCGAGACAGUCGAGCUCGUAGCAACUCCUCCCGUGCUUCGGCUUCUUCUCCCAGGCUCGAGUCUCCUCGCACCUUGUGCCCCAAAGAUGGCGACGCAUUCUGCUACAAGCCCUGCCAUCUCCCAGCUUGGUACCUUUCCGAUAAGCUCUGGAAUGCACUACCCCAGCAGUUCCGGGCCGUGGUCACCGACAUGCAGCACGCUGGUGCUGCUGUCUCAACCGGGUUUGAGCGUGUCCAAAUUCUUGGUCGGGAAGCCAAAAAAUCAAGCACCGACAGCGCCGUGGUGGAGGACUCUGCCCUCUCCACCAUUGACAUGCUUCCAAUCAUCCCUCGUACGCUCCCAAAGCUUCGAACGGAUAGUGUGUCAAGCAGUCAGCCAGAUUCAAGCAACAGGUCCCAAGUCCAGUCACUGUCACCCUCUUCGUCAUUUGGUCCUAGCUCGCCCCCGCACAUGUCAACUUCAGAUGGCCCCUCUCCGGUCUCUCCAAUGUGCCUGACUCCCUUGGACGCACCGACCAACAAGCCCCUCGACGGCCUGAAGCGCGAAAGGUCAUUCUCGACCCCUCUCGAGCCAACUGAUGCCUACUAUGCCACCGAACUUUCCCAACUUCGCACCGAAGCCAUGCCGCGCUUGCGCCACAAGAUCCGCAAGGUUGAGAGUGACUGGGCAGACGUGAAGCGUACCCAUGUCCUCGAUAAAGAGCAAACCAACUCCAUGGAGAACUGGCUGGCCCAUAAGAAAGUGGACACGCUCGAAGUCGACGAAGCAAGCAAGACUCUCGCUGAUGCCAUCGGCUUGACCCCCAACGGCAUGGGCUGGACCGCACCGUAG